AUGGAGACAGAGACAGCACCAGAAAGAGAGAGCUCGUGCGAGACUAACAGCACGAGCUUGGACUUCAUGAAGCUGAGGGGGCUAGGACUGGUCCCAAUGGGCGAGCCCAAAGGAACCCUCUUGUCGACGACAUCCAUGCGACGGUCGCAGGAAUCGAAGGCGGCUCUGAUGAAGAAGGCGAUCAAGGUGGAGACGGAGAGCAUGACGAGAAAGGCCAAGAGCCAGCGCUUCUGCGACGCGACCCACCCGACGGAGUGCUUGGCCAUCUCUAGGGUUGGGAGAGUCGGCGAGGUCCGUUACUGCGAGUCUCAGCGGCAUAAUUCUAGGGUUUGGACUUUUGACUGCGACCGGUGGGUUUGGUACAUUUGGCUUUCUGUGAUUGAAGACACUUGUAAAUAA